AAGCUCCUCCAGCACAGGUAGGAUGGGGAGGGGGAAAAUCUUCCCGGGGACAUCUCCCUCCCACAUCCUCUCAAUUUAUUUUAUCCCGGCUGUGCUCCUUGUAAACCAAGAAAGGACUGCACAGUGAAGACAUUUCCACAGUGAAGACAUUUCCACAGCAAACACCUUUCCAGAGGAGAAACUGUCCUGACUCUGAAUCCUGAGCACACAACAAACAGCCCGCGAGAAUUCCAGCCAAAAGGAGGAGUUUGCUGGAGGAGCCAACAGCAAAAUGCAGCCGCUGCCAAGGGAGAUCCAGGAUGGGGAUGUUGAGGAAGGGUUUGAAGGAUGGGAACAGGGAGGAUUUUAUCCUGCUGGAGCGACAGACAGGGCUGAAGGGAAGUGGCAAGUAAUUACAGCAACUGGAAUCAGGCCAGGGUGUCUUGAAAUACCAGCUUGCAAAACUUUCACCAAAACACGCCAACAGACCAGGUGUUUCGAGGAUAACAGAUCUGGGCUUUGACUCUGCAAUCAGCCCCGGGAUCAGCAGAACCAGGAGAAAACCAUUAUCAGGAAUUAAGGCUGUAACAGAUCCUCAGUCCCUCGAGGCCCUCCAGGUCUGUUUUGCUCAGGAUUUGGGGUACAAAGGAAGAGAAAAGCUCAUUUAUUUCUGGACAAGAAGUUCUCUCUCCUUGCCCUGGACAGAAUCCUCCUGGUGUUUGACCCGCCCCAGGCCUGACAGCCUCCUCAGAAGGCAGCAGUGAAUCCAACUUUUUGGAUGUAGGGAGGAUUUUACCAGAGGAGGAUUUUGUCCUGCCUGCAGAGCUUUGCUCCCUGAGUGCUGGAGCCCACGCAGAAGGACCUGGCAGCCAGGGAUAAACCCAGCCUGGGCAUCACUGGGGAAAGGAAACGUGGAUCACCCGAGCAAGGAGAGCAGAUCUGGCACCCAAACCCGCCUCAAAGAAAACUUCCUGGCACGAGCCCUGCGAGGGCUACGAGAGAACCAAGAACUCUUUGUUAAGUGCCAAACGAGACCUCUUCCACCCCAAAACCUCGGUCCCCAACAGCUCCGUGUGCACGGCCCCGAGAGCCUCCCCCGCCACUCCCUGCCAGCCAAGCUCGGCAGAUGGAUGAGUUUGGGAUGGAGGGCAGCGGCCCGGGAACGUGAGAGGAGAUGUGUAAACACAGCCUGUGUCCAUACAGAGCCUGCGGCUGGGUGCUGGCAUUCCCAGGAACAAAAUCAUUGCUCGUUGAGCAAGAGCUGGAAAGGCAGAAAGAGAAGGAAAGGGCGCAGGGUGGCAGGGGAGGAGACGCCGCUCCCAGCUGCAGGCUGGGAGCAGCCCCCCAUUCCAGCACUUCUUCCAGUGCUCUGGAAGGAGCAGCAGAAAGGAAAGGAAGCAGAGAUUCCACGCCAGGCUCUGCACCAGGAGCCCUCUCUUUCUUAUUUCUCCAUCCAUGCACCUCAGGGAAGCUUCGGCUCAUCUACGGCUCUCCAGAAGGACAAAGCUUCCCCCAAACCCUCCCCUGCUCCCUGGACCACUGCAAGACACUCUUUUCCUGGAGCUGAGCUCUUUUGACAGCCUGUGAGAAGCUCCAGGUGUUCGAAUUUCCUUUACAAUUCAAGGUCCCAUGGAAGGGGAAUGUACGCAGAGCCCAGCCCCAGGAGAGCUCCUCCAGCCCAGCCAGGGUUUUCAACGGGAGCGGCGUGCAGGCGCAGGGAAGGAAGGGAGGGAGCGAAUAUUAACUACACCUGUGCUAAUGAAACACCCAGGACCUGGCGAGAGGCAGUAAAAGGGAAAAGCAGAGGAGGGAGCUCAGCCUCGUUAUGCAACCUCGUUAUUUAACGACCACAAGACACCCUAUAGGGGCUCUUUGUUUGCGGAGCGAAAGGGGAGAAAUGCCACCAAUAUCUGAGUCACUGGUUCACCAAGAGGCUCCAAAGACAUUUUCAGAUAGGUAUGGCCCUACACCUGGCUGCACACACCGGAGCCCGGACACGGAGCAAUCCUAAACGUUCUUCCUCCCUGGCUGCCCUCCACCUGCUCCCACCAUGAAGAAGGAAAUACUAACCCUGGCCUUUGCCCGAGCCGUCUUUGUGGAGUUCCUCUCCACGCUCAUCUUCGUCUUCAUUGGGCUGGGCUCGGCGCUGAAGUGGCCGUCGGCCCUGCCCAGCAUCCUGCAGAUCGCGCUGGCCUUCGGGCUGGCCAUCGGCACCUUGGUGCAGGCCUUCGGCCACAUCAGCGGCGCCCACAUCAACCCCGCCGUCACCAUCGCCUUCUUCGUGGGCAACCAGAUCUCCCUGCUGCGCACGCUGCUCUACGUCCUGGCCCAGCUGGUGGGGGCCAUCGCCGGCGCCGGGAUCCUCUACGGCGUCACCCCCGCCAUCACCCGCGGCAACCUGGCCAUCAACGAACUCAACCAAAAUAUAACCCCAGGCCAGGCCCUCGUGGUGGAGAUCAUCCUCACCUUCCAGCUGGCCGCCUGCAUCUUCGCAUCCACGGACAACCGGCGCAGCGGCGUCGGCUCCCCGGCGCUGUCCAUCGGCCUCUCCGUCACCGUGGGACACCUGGUGGGGAUUUACUUCACCGGCUGCUCCAUGAACCCCGCGCGCUCCUUCGGGCCCGCGGUCGUCACCAGGAGGUUCAGCUCCGUGCACUGGGUGUUCUGGGUCGGGCCCAUCCUUGGCGCUUGCUUGGCCUCCCUGCUCUACUUCUACAUCCUGGUCCCCUACUGCAUGAACAUGUCUGACAGGGUGGCCAUCAUCAAGGGCACCUACGAGUCCGAGGAGGAGUGGGAAGAGCAGCGGGAGGAGAGGAAGAAGUCCAUGGAGCUGACCCCGCCGUAGGAGCGGCUGGAGGAGCCAAGCCGAGGGAGGGGAGGGAGCCCCACACACGGGCUCAUGUGUGCCCCAGCGCAGGCAACGACCACACCCAGCUGCAGACUCUUGAUCCAAAGGCUUCCCCUCCAGGCCCCCGUGGGGUGCAGGAAGGCCAGGGGCUGUGUGUGUGUGUGUGUGAGUGUGUGAACCCCGGUGUGAACUCCAGAGCCUCUCCAGCUUCCCCGCAGUCCCAAAACCCCUCAGCCAGGCCCUGGCACCCUCGGCUCCAUCCCUGCCCUCCCGGCGCAGCUCUGUGCCACGGCAGGGCCCCAGGCCCCACAGCUGGGCCACCUGCAGGACUUCAUCUGGCCCAGGUAUGGGAGCACCUGGGGGAAGGGGAACAACCGCUUAGGGCAGGGGGUGCAGCUACCCCCGGCCCGGGGGCCGCUCGUAGAUGCUCUUUCACCUUUCCUGGUGCUGGGAGUCCCUUUUAUCCCCAAAGAACGAGACUUUUUGGAUCCUGU